UGUUCUUUUGAUGGCGGGGAUUUUGUUAUCGUUGAAGUUCUCCAAAUUAGCAGUGAAUUGUUAAUACAACAAUGAUUCCAGAGAUUGUGUUUAAUCCACGGAGGACAACGUGUUGGUUAACAGGCCUUUGCUUUAGGUUUCACUGAGUUAAACGACUCGCAGAGUCAUAGAACAACAUUUAUAAGGUCACGAAAAUAUUAAACAGUUCCCCCGGGCCUUGACGUGUCCGUUUUGGGAAAUUACUUGUUAGCGUGGACAUGGCUGAAAACGGUGUUGAACUAGAAUUGAAAGAUGUUGCAGUAACGAGAAGCGAAAAGCUGAGCUCCCCGAGCACACAGCGUCCCAAUUACGAGUCGCUGAAAGAACACAACGACAACAAUGAAAAUGUGGAACAAACAUUCACUUUGUCUGAAGCUGUGGAGACAAUUGGAAUGGGAAAAUUCCAGAUCUUACUUAUUCUUAUGGCUGGCUUUGUCAAUAUGUGCGAUUCCUUGGAGCUAUUGUUGCUUGCUGUUUUGAGUCCAACAAUUCACUGUCUGUGGCAUUUGUCAUCAUGGGAAGAGGCUUUCAUUACUACAAUUGUUUUUGUUGGUAUGUCUGUUGGCUGUCCUGUGUGGGGCUGGUUAUCUGAUAAUUUAGGACGAAAAAGUAUGAUUAUUAUAAGUGCGAGCUGGCUGUGCUAUUUUGGUUUCAUCAGUUCUUUUUCACCACACUACUUCUGGCUUGUUGCAUUAAGAUGCUUGGUGGGAUUUGGAAUUGGUGGUAUACCAACAAUGUACACACUUCUAAUUGAAUUUCUCCCCAUCCAUUUGAGGUCAUACAUUAUCUUGUGCCUUGCUUUUUUCUGGGCACUUGGAUCAACUUUUAUGGUAGUUGUAGCACUUAUUGUCAUGCCCACACUUGGCUGGAGGUGGAUGACUGCUUUUGCAACAGUCCCUGUUAUUAUAUUCAUUAUUUUAUGUAGGUGGUUGCCAGAAUCACCUCGGUAUCUGAUUACUGCAGGUGAAAAAGAAAAAGGAAUGGAGGUAUUGGAGCGCAUGGCCAGAAUCAAUGGCUCCAAGCUUCCACCAGGAACUCUUAAAAUUGAAACACAGACUGUUGAACGAGUGAAAAUCCAAGUUCUUUUUAACUCAGAAUAUAGAUUGACAACCCUUCUUCUCUGGCUAACUUUUUUCACUUCUGGAUUUUUGUACUAUGGUGUUGUGUUGAUGUCAGCCCAAGUUCUUCAGCAAGUCAGGCCAGAUGAAAGUAUUUGUGAUCUAGAGAGUUUGUCUACUACUACUACUGAAUGUGGCUGCCAACUUCUUACAGUCAAUGAUUAUAUGAAUCUUCUUUGGACAACAGUUGCGGAGUAUCCUGGGAUAUUGUUUACAAUGCUCUUUAUGGAGAGGCUUGGUAGAAAAAAAACUUUGGCUGUAGAGUUCUUUAUAAUAGCUGCAUGCUUGGGACUCAUGUUUAUUUGCACAGGAAGAACUUUACUGCUGGUACUUUUAUUCCUGGCUCGUGGGAUGUCAUUAGGUGUCUUCCAAGGGUUUUUCGUUUAUGCCCCUGAGGUUUAUCCCACAGUCAUCCGAUCAUUAGGAUUUGGCUUUUGUUCUACCUGGGCUCGUUUUGGAGGAAUGUUAACACCUUACAUAGCUCAGGUAUUGCUGCGAGUGUCCUGGAACUUGUCUCUUGUUGUUUAUAUAUCCUUAAGCAUGAUGUCUUUAGUUGCAACACUACUGCUUCCAUAUGAAACAAAGGGACGACCUAUGCAGGAAAUGUGACAAAAUGACUCUACUUGUUUAGAACACCAUAGUUUAAUACUUAGUAGUUUGAUUUACAAAGUAUUUAAAUUUCCGAAAAAAAUAAAUGCACAAUCAACAAUGGUUUUUAAGGGGGUAAGUUUCUAAAGAAAUUGUGGUGCUGCUCAAUGGGAUAUGACAAGAUAAUUUGGUUUUAUCUACUGGGUUGAUAAGGUAAAUUGGCCACAGUAGAGAGGUCCUAAAGCUAACGUUUUCAGCGUUAGCCGUUUGCUAAUUGACAUUCUCAACUCGCUAAAACUAAAUUAUCCAACAACAGUUUAUUGUGUUUCACGUCCUCAGACCCUGUUCCUCUAACUUUGAACUGGUAGAAAUAGGACACG